AUUAGGACAAAUUGGACCAUCACAUUACACCUCUAUAAAUCCUCUAAUUCCCUCAAUAGACCAAUUUACUUACCCCACUAAAAAGUUAAGAAGUUUCAGGCCGGACUAAUUAGCAAUAAAAUCUUGUUUACAAGGGGCAAGCAUGUAGGGUGCUGAUAUGUUCAUCACAAAUACAUGAAACUUUGAAACGGUUUAUAUGCAUCAACCGCUUCAUAUAAAAGUUGUGCACAUUUCAUUUUUUUUCACCAUAACUCAAAAACUCAAGGGAAACCAACCCUCUUUCUCUUCUUCUCUGAUUUUUUAAGUGUAUCAAAAUGGUCUCAGCUUCUUCUUCUCCCCCUCGCAAUGCCAAAUGGUGGUACUCAACUUUUCACACUGUGACGGCCAUGAUUGGUGCAGGUGUUCUCAGCCUUCCCUAUGCCAUGGCAUAUCUAGGAUGGGUGCCAGGGACCUUGUUUUUGUUGAUAUCUUGGUGCCUGACCUUAAACUCAAUGUGGCAAAUGAUCCAGCUCCAUGAGUGUGUUCCAGGAACCAGGUUUGAUCGUUACAUUGAUCUUGGAAAACAUGCUUUUGGACCAAAGUUAGGGCCAUGGAUUGUGCUGCCCCAACAACUGAUUGUCCAAGUUGGGUGUGAUAUUGUUUACAUGGUCACUGGUGGGAAGUGCCUGAAGAAGUUCAUGGAGAUUGCUUGCACCAAUUGCACACAAAUCAAACAGUCCUAUUGGAUUCUCAUUUUUGGUGGCAUCCAUUUCUUUCUUUCGCAGCUUCCCAAUUUCAAUUCUGUUACUGGGGUUUCUGUAGCAGCUGCUGUGAUGUCACUAAGCUAUUCAACUAUAGCCUGGGUGGCUUGUUUGGCUAGAGGUCGUGUUGAGAAUGUUAGCUAUGCAUACAAGAAAACCACUUCUACUGACUUAAUGUUCAAAAUUUUCAAUGCAAUUGGUCAAAUUUCAUUUGCAUUUGCUAGCCAUGCAGUGGCCCUAGAAAUCCAGGCCAUAAUUCCAUCCACCCAUGAGAAGCCCUCAAAGAUACCAAUGUGGAAAGGUAUAAUCGGUGCCUAUAUCAUCAAUGCUAUAUGCUAUUUCCCCGUUGCACUUGUAGGAUAUUGGGCCUUUGGAAGAGAUGUUGAGGACAAUGUGCUUAUGGAAUUUGAAAGACCUUCAUGGCUCAUUGCCUCAGCUAACUUGAUGGUGUUCAUUCAUGUUGUUGGUAGCUACCAGGUUUAUGCUAUGCCUAUUUUUGACUUGAUUGAGAAGGUGAUGGUCAAAAGAUUUAAGUUCCCUCUAGGAGUAGCACUUAGACUUGUUGUUAGAUCUACUUAUGUAGCUUUUACAUUAUUAUUUGGGGUCACAUUUCCUUUCUUUGGUGAUCUUCUUGGGUUGUUUGGUGGAUUUGGUUUUGCUCCUACUGCAUUCUUUCUUCCUAGUAUAAUGUGGCUGAUAAUCAAGAAGCCAAAAAGAUUCAGCACCUACUGGUUCAUCAAUUGGGCUUCAAUAUACGUUGGAGUGUGCAUUAUGUUGGCAUCUACAAUUGGUGGCUUAAGGAAUAUUAUUACUGAUGCUUCUACUAAGUUUUACACCUAAACUAUUUUAUAUUAUUGCAAAAAUAUGUAGCAUCAGCAAUUAAUCUAGUUAAUUAGACUGGAGUUGGUGAAUAUCUAGUUGA